CGGAGACGGGGAGUUUGGGAGAGCAGAGACGAGAGAAGGAGGAGGAGAGCAGCGACUGUGAGGAAAACCCGACGGCGGAGAGAGGAUAACCAGUCACAUAGGCACAGCGUGUUUGGACCUCGAAGGAUUACAGCUUUCAAGGCAUGUCUGUGCAGGCACUACCUUAGAGAACUCACCGGCAACCAUGGUUCUCCUGCUGAUAUCUGUGACCGUACUGCAUCUGGUUACCCUGGCCAUGCUUCUCAUCGCCACUGUGGAAAAGGCAUGGUGGGUAUGGGCAGACUCCCAAAUCACAGACCUGUGGUACGACUGCUUUCAUGACAACGCAACAAGUAGCUGGCUGUGUGCGUCUGCUAAUGAGACCGACUGGUUACAGUCUGUCCAGGCCCUGAUGGUCCUCUCUGUGCUCUUCUCCUCCAUCUCCUUCCUGGUCUUCCUGGGUCAGUUGUUCACCAUGUCCACAGGAGGGCUCUUUUACUUCACAGGCCUCUGCCAGACCUUUGCAGGUUUCACGGCCUUCGCCGCCUGUCUCAUCUUCACAUUCCGCAGGGAAGAGAUCUUGGACGACUCCAGAGACGUCAGCACCGGACGCUUUGGCUACUGUUUCAUCCUGGCCUGGGGCUGCGUCCCCCUGCUCCUUAUUAGCGGAGUCCUGUAUGUCCAUUUACGCAGGAAGCAGUAAGAACAACAAAACAAAAAAUCAAGGAGAGCGAGAAACCCGCACAGGAAGUGAUGCCUGGAUCGUUAAUAUAAGUUGGGAAUGUGUACUAGAGGAGAGAAAACCGAGCAUGAAGUACCUCAGCAUGAAAUAAAACGUUCUUCUCAUUCUGCACUACA